AUGAAUAGAAAAUCACCGAGAUUAUUAAAUAAUCCAUCAGGAGAUUCAUCUAAUACUAAAAUUGAAAUAAGUAGUAUAAACAAUACAACACAAAUAAAUAAAACACCGAAUAGUAUAAAUGAACACAAUUCACAUAAUAAUGAUGAAUGCAUUUCUGAGGAGUGUUUCAAGUCUUCAGCAUUGAAAUCGGGUAGUUUUGUAUAG